CACCCUUUUCAUAGAUCAAAUAGUUAAGAGCAAUGUCAUAUUCCCAAGCAAUUAGUUCACUUUCCAUGCAUCUUGCGGCCGCCAUGGCUCUUCUUGUAUUGGCCUCCUCUUCCUGUUCAACUACUGCUUCUCUGUCCAAUGAUGAAGCAGCGGCUCUGUUGAGAUGGAAAGCCAGCCUUCAAAACCAAAGUCAAUCUCUGCUUCCAUCAUGGGACGUUGGAAGCAACCAGUCUUAUUGUAAUUGGACUGGAAUUGCUUGCGACAACACUAGCAGCGUCGCCUACAUUAUCCUUAACAACGUAGGCUUGACAGGUACACUUCUCAGUUUUAGCUUCUCCUCCUUCCCCCAUCUUGUCCGAUUUGAGCUUCAUAACAAUUCAUUCUACGGAUCUGUUCCUGCACAGAUUGGUAAUCUUUCUAGACUCUAUUAUAUUGACUUUUCCAAAAAUCAUUUUACUGGAAAAGUUCCAUCAGAAUUAGGGAGCUUACGAAACCUACAAUGUCUCUAUCUUUCUGACAACAAGCUUUCAGGAACAAUUCCUCAAGAACUUGGGAUGUCAACUUUGGUUUGGGAUCUUCAGCUCUCAGGAAACAAUCUCACAGGCCCAAUUCCAACUUCAAUUUUGAAUUUAACCAACUUAACUAAUCUAUACCUUUUCAGUAACCAACUUUCCGGACCAAUCCCUCAACAACUUGGCUUAUUAAGGUCUUUAAAGAAGCUCCGUUUGCCAUUGAACAAUCUUGUGGGUUCAAUCCCUCAUUCGUUAGGAAAUUUGAGUUCCCUUACUGAACUGGUCUUGUUCAAUAAUAGACUUAGUGGCCCUAUUCCUUCAGAAUUAGCAAACCUUACACAUUUACAGGCAUUCUUAAUAAACAAUAACAAGCUCACUGGUCAUCUACCUCAAAAUCUAUGCCUAGAUGGAUCACUCACAACACUUGGUGCAUCAAAGAACAAUUUAACAGGCAACAUCCCCAAAAGCUUGCGAAACUGCAAUAGCUUGAUUCGAGUUAGGCUUGAGAACAACCGAUUAGAGGGUAAUUUGCAGGAGGAGUUUGGUGUACUACCAAGCUUGGAUUACAUGGAUUUGAGUUAUAAUCGUUUCAGAGGCAAGCUUUCUGAAAAAUGGGGGCUGUCCAAGAAUUUGACUAAGCUAGUGAUCUCCAAUAAUCAACUCACUGGAAACAUACCGCCAGACCUUGCCGCAGCAACUAAGUUACACUUUCUUGACCUCUCUUCAAACCAUCUAGUAGGGGAGAUCCCAAAGAAUUUGAGGGAAUCGGGCUUACUAUUCCACCUUAAUUUGAGUAAUAACGAGCUUUCAGGCAAUAUCCCAACAGAAAUAUUUGGUACCCAAUCCAGGUUACAAAACCUUGAUCUAGCAGCAAACAACCUUACUGGUUCAAUUCCAAGGGAGAUAGCAAACUGUGAAAACUUACAAAACUUGAAUUUGGGUGAGAAUCGACUCGCAGGUGGUAUUCCUUUUGAGAUAGAAAAAUUACAAUUUCUUCAAAGCCUUGAUCUUGGGGACAACAAUUUAAUGGGUGAAAUACUAUCUCAGCUUGGGAAAAUGCCAAGGUUGGAGAAAUUGAAUCUCUCCCACAACAUGCUUUCUGGUUCCAUCCCUUCCUCUUUUGGUGAUCAGCCAACAAGUUUGAUAUCUAUUGAUAUAUCUUACAAUAACUUAAAAGGUCCUCUGCCAAACACCAAGGCUUUUGUAGAUGUUCCAUAUGAAGCAUACAGAGGUAACAACGGUUUGUGUGGCAAUCAGAAGGGUUUGAUACCCUGCUCAUCACCUGAAGUGAGGACAAAAACCAAACUUGUUCUUCUUGUGGUAGUUCCUCUGGUAGGGACUCUAUUUCUUUCACUUAUAGUUGUUGGGAUCUUUCAAUUUUUGAGCAAAAGAGUAAUAUUGAAAGCAGAAAAUGAGAUCCAAGUUGUACAAAAUGAAAAUUUAUUUGAAAUAUGGAGCUAUGAUGGGAAAAUAGUGUAUGAAAACAUCAUAGAAGCAACAGAGGACUUCAAUGAGAAAUAUUGCAUCUGA